UAAUGCUUUAUAACACAUGCGUCCACCAUUCCAGGCAUUACUUUACGACAGGUUGGUUUCGUCAGGUUUCUCACAGGUCUUUCCUGUAAAUGGCAAUCGGUGGUGAGACAAUCGGUAGCCUGCACUGGUGUAUCAGAGAAAGGCUGUGGAACGUCGUUGGCUUAAUUCAAUAAUGUUGUACAUUUAAAGCGGAACAUACAGUAGGUGUUGCGUGGACUGGCAGAAUGAAUGGACUGGCAGUUUGUGCUCUGUUUGCAUUUUCACCUGUUGAAUGUAUUUGUCUGUCUUGUAGUUUAGGAAUGUAGUUUGUUGACAGCGCUGCUGACACCUCCUUUCGUUCUCCUUGCAGUAUAUCUUAGUCAUUCACUUCACCGUCAUCCAUCUUUUUUUCUCUUUGCCUAAAUUAUUGAACGGUACCACAUGGCCCAUUAUGGAAAGACUCUGAACGACCAUUUCGUUGUGGCUCAUGGUUACGUGGCACUUAAAAGCCCUUUCUCUCUCUAUCUACUUUUGAUGGGAGUAGUAGCACAGAUGUAAAGGCGAUGAAACCAAUACAUGUGUUGUGUGGGUUUCCACAGCUGAAAAUGUGUUAUAUACUUUACAGAUAUGCAUACGUCAUCUGUAGGAUGACGACUGAAUCGCCAAUUUUGUACACGACUGCUCAAAAGCAGUCAAUGUCCAUAGCCGACGUACAGCUUCAAACAUGGAAAUAUGCUAACAAGGGUAUCGGUGUUUUCUUAUAUUAUUGAAGUUAAUGGAAAAACUAGUCAAACAAGACUUACACUGUAAUACACAGCCAGACGCAUGGUGUCAGUGUACAUCUAAUGUUGCACUUCCACUUUGAGAGGAAAUGCAUCAUAGUUUUAAGGUCCUGCCUAUCGGAGGGGUCCAAGUAAACUGGCUUAGCUACACCUGCCUUUCACCGCACAGACGAACCAUAUCGCGGAUUCAGAUAUCGGUUUUCGCCAAUAUCAGGAAAACUAUUAACUGCAGAUCUGAAGGUCAAUGGAUGGACACUGUUUUGAUUUGGAUAUGAUUUAAGAAAAAAGCACAGUUCUUUGUGGUCGAGAACAUGGAACAAAGGCGAUGUGGAUGGUGGGAGAGAUGGCAAUGGCUAGUAUUUUUUGCUGCCUUUUUGUCUGGGAAAGGAUCUUUGGCACAAAUACGAUACUCUGUUUCUGAGGAACAUGAGAAAGCUAUUGUUGGGAACAUUGCAAAGGAUUUGGGGAUUGACGUACGGACAUUGAAGGAACGAGGGUUUCGUAUCGUGUCAGACUCAGACAAUUCCCUUUUCACGGUAAACCAAAGCGAUGGUACUUUGUAUGUGAAUGGUAAAAUAGACAGGGAAGAUGUUUGCGAGCAAAGCAGCACGUGCUUGAUUAAUCUCAAAACAAUUCUCGAAAACCCGUUAGAGAUCCAUUAUGUGAUGGUGGAGGUGGUAGAUAUUAAUGACCAUUCCCCGAGCUUUCUUGAACGAGAAACGCGUUUAGAGAUAUCAGAAUCUGUACCCCGUGGGGUGAGGUUUCAGCUUCAGCCAGCACACGACCCGGAUGGAGGUAUACAUUCAAUUGCGCUGUACAAACUGAGUCAAAAUGAUCAUUUUAGUUUAGAGGUAAAAGAUCGUGGGGAAGAUGGAAAAAUUCCCAUUCUGAUCUUACAAAAAACUCUAGAUAGGGAAGUUUCCACAACCCACAAGUUAGUGCUUACCGCUAUCGACGGUGGGAAACCUCCAAAGUCGGGAACAACGGAGAUAACGAUUGAUGUUUUGGAUGUGAAUGAUAACGCACCACUUUUUACAGAGGACAAAUAUACGGUCACGCUAAAAGAAAAUGCACCAAUUGGAACAACAGUUAUCCAAGUAAAUGCGAGUGAUUUAGAUGAAGGUUUAAAUGGCGAGGUUGUGUACUCUUUCGGUAACAUUGUGAACAGUAAAUUACGCAAGUUGUUUGAUUUAAACCCAGUCAGUGGGGAAAUCACUGUAAAGGGGCAUAUAGACUACGAGGGAAAGGAUAACUAUGAGUUAGACAUACAAGCCUCAGAUAAGGGACCUGCUCCUCUGACAACAGACAAAAGUGUUACUAUAAAGAUUGUGGACGUUAAUGACAACAUACCUGAGAUUAAGGUGACAUCCUUCUCAAGAGCAGUCUCAGAGGAUUCUAGGCCUGGAACAACAGUUGCAUUGAUCAGUGUGAGGGAUUUAGACUCUGGUGUCAAUGGUAAAGUGUCUUGUUCAUUACCUAAGCACUUACCUUUUAAACUGGUGGCGUCCUCACAGGAUAACAUAUACUCCUUAAUCACUAGCUCCCCACUGGACAGGGAGAAAGAGUUUCAAUAUGAUGUCACUUUAACUGCCGUAGAUUCGGGACAGCCACCUUUGUCAUCUGAGAAGACAAUAACAGUGCUGGUAUCAGAUGUCAAUGAUAACAGUCCGGAGUUUUCAGUCAGCCAGUAUGAAUUUUAUGUGGUAGAGAAUAAUGUUCCUGGUGAAUCUAUUUUCUCAGUGUAUGCCUCCGAUAAAGAUCUUGACGAAAAUGCCCUAGUUCGCUAUCAGAUUUGCAGGGAUUGUGGAGAUGACAGUAAAUAUGCAUCUUUUCUAAACAUCAAUUCAGAAAACGGGAACGUCUACGCGCUUAAAAUCUUUGAUUUUGAAACAUUGAAAUCUUUUCAGUUUCAGGUAUUAGCAAGUGACAGUGGGAAACCAUCCAGAGGAAAGAAUGUCACAGUUAAUGUAUUUAUACUGGAUCAAAAUGAUAAUGCCCCAGUGAUCUUGUCUCCUGUGAGUCUUAAUGGCACCUCAGAAGGUGUAGAGGAAGUUCCUCGUAAUGUGAACGCAGGUCAUUUAGUCACAAAAGUGAGGGCCUAUGAUGCUGAUGUGGGUUACAACGGAUGGUUGUUAUUUUCAUUACAAGACGUCACCGACCACACGCUCUUUGGUUUGGACCGUUACACCGGGCAGAUAAGAACCCUUCGGCCCUUCACUGAGACGGACGAAUCCCAACAUAAACUGGUCAUACUGGUCAAAGACAAUGGGAACGUUUCACUCUCUGCGACUACGACACUCAUUGUUAAGGUGGUGGAGCCAAAAGAGGCGUUUGCCGCUUCGGAUGUUAAAAACUCAGUAAGCAACGAGGAGGGCGAUGUUACAUUUUAUCUGAUCAUCACAUUGGCAUCAGUAUCAGCACUGUUUAUAAUCAGUAUCAUUGUGCUGAUUGCCAUGCAAUGUUCCAAAUCAACAGACUAUUCGUCCAAGUACUUACAAGAUCCAAAUUAUGAUGGAACCCUGUGCCACAGUAUUCAGUACAGAUCUGGUGAUAAAAGGUACAUGUUAGUUAAUCCCAGAAUGAGUAUCGGAUCUACUAUAGUUCCGGGGAGUAAUGGGAAUACUCUCGUGAUUCCAGAUCGAAGACAACGACUCUCUGUGGAGGUGAGUACUCUUCCUAUCACAGACACAUACACUGAGACCAGAGAAUUCCUCAGAGUUUCUAUACUCUAAUGCAAAAUCCAUCUUUCAAUUUCCAGUCUUCAAUUCAUGAAACUAUUUUAUGAAAAUAGUUUAUUUUGAAUUUCACCUGAGGAAAAAAACCCUGAGAAUUCUGAGGUCUCUAAACAAUGUGCUCUUCCAUGCAUUUACCACACCUUCAUGCCUAGGAAUGACACUUCGGAAAAACACACACACACACACAAUACAAACAACAUCCAAAUGACAUUUCUCAACAACAAAAAAAACAUCCUCACAAUACAAACGUCACCCAUUCAUGUCACUGGCCAUACUGACUCACAAUCUGACCUUCUUCACCCAAAUGAAACAUCUGAAAUCUCCCCUUACAUCUUUGACUCUCUCCUCCUCCUCCUCCUCAGUCCAAAAGCCCCUGUGCCUCGCAUCCCCUGUAUUAUUCAAUGCGUUCUCUGAGUAAGUGCGUCGAGGCUGCAGCGUUGACCUCAAGGUGAUGCGGAUCUGCAAAGCGGUGUGUGUGUGCCGCACCGCUGCAGGUUUGGCUUCCCUAAGCCAGACUUGGACAAAGGCAUAAUGUGAUGAAUUGCUUCCCCUGUAGGUCAUUGUAGCAUUAGUAUUGACAAUAGAUGUGUGUGUGUGCGCGCAUGCGUGUGUGUGUGUGUGUGUGUGUGUGUGUGUGUGUGUGUGUGUGUGUGUGUUACAGUUGCCUCCAUACAUGAUGAGAGUGACUCAGUAAUACACUUUGCUAGGGGGCAUAUUGGUUCCACCCACUCCACUAACCCUAACAGAAAUCCAUAUUCUUUGCUGCAAAAGAGACAAUGGUGUGCUGGUGCUGCUUGUAGAGCAAGCGCCUUACACUCACGCAGCCACACUGCACUCCUCCAGAAUGAUUUUGGUUUGAAUCCACCUUGUCGAGGGGAGAAUGAUAUUGCUGUGCUUCUUGAUUUUGCUAUUGACGUGCAGUAUAUGAUAUAAUAAAGAGAAUGGGUGUGUGUUUAACUGUGCGUGUGUGUGUGUGUGUGUGUGUGUGUGUCUGUGUGUGUGUGUGUGUGUGUGUGUGUGUGUGUGUGUGUGUGUGACAGAGAGAGAGAGAUACGAUGUAUUGCCUUUCAAGGAGCGUAGUGUCGAACGCCAUGAGGAGGGGCUCUGUGCUCACGGGUGACACAGCUGAUUCUGUUAUCUGAUAGCCAGGAUGGGGAACAUUAUGAGACGAUCAUUUCAUUUCCCUGAAGUGCGGGGUGGCACAGCUUCACAGAGGGAGAAAUGUAAUACUCCUGUGUGUGUGUGUGUGUGUGUGUGUGUGUGUGUGUGUGUGUUUGAGAGAGAGAGAGAGAGAGAGAGAGAGAGAGAGAGAGAGAGAGAGAGAAAGAGCAUGUUAUAGCAGUCUAUUGUCUGCACCACAAAGCACUGUCUGAUUUCUCCUGUGAUGAGGUUGACUCAAAAAUGGUAAUCUCCCCCUGGUGGUCAGUGGUUGUACCUGACCCGGCUGCGUGUCUCUGUGUGUGUGUGUGUGUGUGUGUGUGUAG